GGGCUCAGUGACGCUGCGGCCGCCUCCUGCCUAGGUCCGAGCACCCCAGGGCAGGGGUGCGGUCGUGCAAUAGGAAGCCGAGGGCAUUGCAAGCUUCCCUCCGGGCAACAGCUACCUGACCCCACUCCCUGUUUGGUGCAUUCCUCAGACUCCUCCGGAGCCCCUACCUGUGGCCCCUGGAGCCCCCCUCCCUCAUCGGCCAUGCCUCUUAGCCGCACUUUGUCCAUGUCCUCACUGCCAGGACUGGAGGAGUGGGAAGAUGAUUUCGACCUGGAGAACACAGUGCUCUUCGAGGUGGCCUGGGAAGUGGCCAACAAGGUGGGCGGCAUCUACACGGUGCUGCAGACGAAGGCGAAGGUGACGGGGGAUGAGUGGGGCGACAACUACUACCUGGUGGGACCGUACACGGAGCAGGGCGUGAGGACACAGGUGGAACUGCUCGAGCCCCCAACUCCAUCUCUGAAGAGGACGCUGGACUCCAUGAACAGCAAGGGCUGCAAGGUGUAUUUCGGGCGCUGGCUGAUUGAGGGGGGCCCCCUCGUGGUACUCCUGGACGUGGGGGCCUCAGCCUGGGCCCUGGAGCGCUGGAAGGGGGAACUCUGGGACACCUGCAGCAUUGGGGUGCCCUGGUACGACCGUGAGGCCAACGAUGCCGUCCUUUUUGGCUUCCUUACCACCUGGUUCCUGGGUGAGUUCCUGGCCCAGAGCGAGGAGAAGCCACAUGUGGUUGCACACUUCCACGAAUGGUUGGCGGGCGUCGGGCUCUGCCUGUGCCGUGCCCGGCGGCUCCCUGUGGCUACGAUCUUCACCACCCAUGCCACGCUGCUGGGGCGAUACCUGUGUGCCGGUGCUGUGGAUUUCUACAACAACCUGGAGAAUUUCAAUGUGGACAAGGAAGCUGGUGAGAGGCAAAUCUAUCACCGCUACUGCAUGGAGCGGGCAGCAGCCCACUGCGCUCACGUCUUCACUACUGUGUCCCAGAUUACUGCCAUCGAGGCUCAGUACCUACUCAAGAGGAAACCAGAUAUCGUGACUCCCAAUGGACUGAAUGUGAAGAAGUUCUCUGCCAUGCAUGAGUUCCAGAACCUCCAUGCUCAGAGCAAGGCCCGAAUCCAGGAGUUUGUGCGGGGCCAUUUUUAUGGGCACCUGGACUUCAACUUGGACAAGACCUUGUACUUCUUUAUCGCUGGCCGCUACGAGUUCUCCAACAAAGGGGCCGACGUCUUCCUGGAGGCCUUGGCCCGGCUCAACUAUCUGCUCAGAGUCAACGGCAGUGAGCAGACAGUAGUCGCCUUCUUCAUCAUGCCGGCUCGGACCAACAAUUUCAAUGUGGAAACCCUCAAGGGCCAAGCCGUGCGCAAGCAGCUUUGGGAUACGGCCAACACAGUGAAGGAGAAGUUCGGGAGGAAGCUUUACGAAUCAUUGCUGGUGGGGAGCCUCCCAGACAUGAACAAGAUGCUGGACAAGGAGGACUUUACUAUGAUGAAGAGAGCCAUCUUUGCCACACAGCGGCAGUCUUUUCCCCCUGUGUGCACCCACAAUAUGCUGGAUGACUCCUCGGACCCCAUCCUGACCACCAUCCGCCGAAUUGGCCUCUUCAAUAGUAGUGCCGACAGGGUCAAGGUGAGGGUACUGGCUGGGUGGGUUGGGCAUGGCAGGAGGGUAGGGGGAGCCUGGCUUCACAUUUCCCAUCUGUUGCAUUAUAGCCGAUUCCGGUACCACCCCUCUACAUUAGCCUCUGACCCAUUAGUCGAGAGAGUGUACUGCGACUUAAGGCCUGCAAAGAAGGAAAAGCUAAGGGUGCAUUUCUCAUGCCUUCCCGCAGCUGAGUGCACGGUUAUGGGCAUCCCCAGUAUCUCCACCAACCUUUCCGGCUUCGGCUGCUUCAUGGAGGAACACAUCGCAGACCCCUCAGCUUACGGCAUUUACAUUCUGGACCGGCGGUUCCGCAGUCUGGAUGAUUCCUGCUCGCAGCUCACCUCCUUCCUCUACAGCUUCUGCCAGCAGAGCAGGCGGCAGCGCAUCAUCCAGCGGAACCGUACUGAACGCCUCUCUGACCUUCUGGACUGGAAAUACCUAGGCCGGUACUAUAUGUCUGCGCGCCGCUUGGCGCUGUCCAAGGCCUUUCCAGAACACUUCACCUACGAGCCCCAGGAGGCUGAUGCGACCCAGGGCUACCGCUACCCCCGGCCAGCCUCGGUGCCACCAUCGCCUUCACUAUCUCGACACUCGAGCCCUCACCUGAGCGAGGAUGAGGAGGAUCCCCAGGACAGGACGCCAAAUGAAGACAGCGAGCGCUACGACGAGGAAGAGGAGGCUGCCAAGGACCGGCGCAAUAUCCGUGCCCCGGAGUGGCCACGCCGCUCCCCCUGCUCUUCUAUCAGCGGGAGCAAGCGCAACUCUGUGGAUACUGCGCCCUCCAGCUCAGUCAGCACUCCCAGCGAGCCCCUCAGCCCCGCCAGCUCCCUGGGCGAGGAGCGCAACUGAGUCCCCUACCCCACACUCCUCUCCCACCUUACCUCCUUCAUCCAGAGGGUGGGUGCAGAACUGUGCUGUUCCUAAACCCCACUCCAGAUCCCAAACCUGCUGUGGAGUCCACAACCCCGCCUCCUGUGCCAUACACUCCACCCCCUCCAGCUCCACUCUUGAAAUCCCCAACACUCCAGAAUCCACAACACUGUGCCUUUCUUGGGUUCCAGAAUACAUAAUCGGUGCCCAGGAGUCACUCUAGGCCUAGCCUGGAUUUGAAAGGCCAAGAAUCGGCCAUUACCCUGUCAUGGUGCCAGAGGUUUUAGGAAAGCUGGCCUGUUGCCUUCCAGGCUGGGGCUCCUAGAGCCCUUUGGCUUGAAAAUUCCACAGCAUACAGAGCACACCCUGUUCAGGCCUGGCCUAGGGGCCAGCAAGCCCUGGAAACCAUGUGGUGUUCCUGCUGAUGGAACAGUCAAGUCCAGAGCUGGAGCAUUUUUAAGGACUUGAGUUAACUGAAUGCAGAAGGUCCUCCAUUUCAACUCCAGAGCUCGGGCUCCAGGAUAGGGCACUCAUGUUUACUCUGUUCUGGCCCUCCCUGGGGAAUCUGACUCUGCCUGGAGGACCCCUCCACCCCUGCUUCCUUCUUCAUACCUUGGCCAAGCAAGAGUGGGCAGAACCACUUGGCUUCUCAUUCCUACUGGAGAAAAUGCAGUCUUGGUCUAGAUGCCUUUCUGGCCUUUACUGGACCAGACCCUACUUCCCUGAGUGAGUUUUCCCCUGGAUCUCAGGACUCCUGUGCUCUCCAGGGAGUCCCCCUGCUGAGGACAGAACUGGCUGUCUUCCACUCCCACAACCUCCAACUUCCAAGCCCACCAUGAAACCACUGGGUUCUAGGUCCCGGCUGCUGAAUCUAGACCCUUACCACUAUGCUGCAUCCUGCUCUCCUUCCCCUGAUCUAGAACUGAGCCCACUGGGUUCUAGAACUUCCAUUUUUACCUCAAGGCUCUUCCAUCCCCAAGCUGUAUCCUGCCCUCAGCUGUGGUGAAAGGGAGGGACCCCUCACAUGUGCCGUGCUGUAUCUGAUGCACUUGGUUUGCAGUUGGGAGGGUGGGAACAGAAAGGGUAUGAUUGAAGUGUGUACGGAGAUGAAAAAUACAUCUCUACUGAAGAAUCCCAGGUUUGGUCCGACGUGAGGGCUUGGUGGCCCUCUAACCUGGCCCCUCCCUCUUCUUGGCCUCCUCUGUUCCUCCCCCUGCCCACCCCUGGGUCCCUGAUCCCUUGUCUCAUUCUGCUGUCAUGGUGAGACUUGGAUUGCUCUUCUGUGUUAUUUCAAGGGAAAGAACCUGGCUUGUUUAGUUGGGAUCUUACUUGCAAGUGGCAAAAACCUGGCUCAAGGUCUCUGGCAGAAAGUGGUUGUCACUGGAAAAAGGAUCCAUAACGUAGCCACACAAAGCCAUGUGUGGCUCUCUAAAUUAAAUUCCUCAGCGCUAGCCAUAAGCAAGUGUUCAGUAGUCACAUGUGGCUCAUGGCUACCCUAUUGGACAGCACAUAGAACACUGCCAUCACUGCAAAAAGUUCUGCUGGACAGCUGUUCUCUGGACAGCUCAAUUUGCCGGGGGUGGGGGUGGGGGUCUGUUUCUUUUGAAUUCUAGGCCAUGGGUGCAUCUCUGAACCAAGUGCUUUUCAGGGGAGUAAAAAGCUCCAAUUGGA